CUUUUCCUAACGCAGCAGACCAGAGAAUCAACCAAUGAAGAAGGAGCAUUUCGGAGGUUUUCCGCUUUCCCCGAAGUUCUUGACAGAUCCGACUUCAGAUUGAAAGAAUUCAAGAUGGCUGCUACAGGCUCCGAGUAAAGGGCUAACUCUUCUGGAUUCCACUGUGCAUGAAGCUCUCCUGAGGUUGUGGUGUCUAAGUGCUCUGUGCCCCAGCUCCUCUUGCCUCUCAUCAUGUCCUCCACCUCCUCCUACUCCUCCUCGGGGGACACUAGUCCGGAGGAUGUACCCCGAGGUGGGGGCACUAUCCGAGUCUACCUCCCCAACAAACAGAGGACAGUGGUGAAUGUUCGGCAAGGGCAGACUGUGUAUGAGAGUCUGGAUAAAGCGCUCAAAGUGAGAGGCCUGAGCCAAGACUGCUGUGCUGUAUUUCGCCUUCUAGAAGGUCGUAAGAGACUGACGGAUUGGGACACAGACAUCACUCCGCUGGUUGGAGAGGAGCUUUUAGUCGAGGUCCUGGAUGAUAUUCCCCUCACCAUGCACAACUUUGUACGGAAAACCUUCUUCAAGCUGGCUUACUGUGAUUUUUGCCACAAGUUUCUUUUUAAUGGCUUCAGAUGUCAGACAUGCGGCUACAAAUUUCACCAGCACUGCAGUAGCAAAGUCCCUACUGUGUGCGUGGACAUGGAUACAGUGAGCAAACGGUGUGAUCCUAAUCCCUGCACAGAUGAGUACCCAAGGAUACUUUUGCCAGAAAAUUCCCCAUCACAGAGCAACCUAGCCUUAACCCCAGAGCCUGCUGGGAUGGACCUCCUGUCCCCAACCUCUGCCUUCCGUUUCCCCAUGCCGGGUGGAGAUGGCCAGUCUCUACAAAGACAUCGCUCCACCUCCACCCCCAAUGUCCAUAUGGUCAGCACAGUGGGCCCUGCUGGUACAAGCAUUAUAGAGGAAGCACUAAAGUUCAGCAACCCAAUGGGUCCUGAGCCCUCACCAAAGCCCUCCACCAGCCCGCCCACUACUCUGGGCUCUCCUGGGAGGAGACCACCCAAAUCUCCAUCAGAGCACAAGGAGCGCAAGCCCUCCUCGUCCGACGACAAAAAGAAAGUGCACCGAGGGGGCUACAGAGACUCAAGUUACUACUGGGAGGUCCAUUCUCGAGAAGUCACCAUUCAGAAGAGAAUAGGUGCUGGCUCCUUUGGAACAGUCUUCAAGGGUAAAUGGCAUGGAGACGUGGCAAUCAAGAUCCUUAAAGUCACUGAGCCAACGCCUGAACAGUUGCAGGCCUUCAAAAAUGAAAUGCAGGUCUUACGGAAGACCCGCCACGUCAACAUCCUGCUGUUCAUGGGCUAUAUGACUAAGCCUAACUUUGCCAUCAUCACACAGUGGUGUGAAGGCAGCAGCCUGUACCGCCAUCUGCAUGUCACAGAAUCCAAGUUUGACACUAUGCGUCGCAUUGAUGUGGCCAGACAAACAGCACAGGGCAUGGAUUAUCUUCACGCGAAGAACAUAAUUCAUCGAGAUCUGAAAUCAAACAAUAUUUUUCUCCAUGAGGGCUGGACUGUUAAGAUUGGUGACUUUGGCUUGGCCACAGUGAAGUCUCGGUGGAGCGGCUCUCAACAAGUAGAACAGCCCAGUGGAUCCAUUCUGUGGAUGGCUCCUGAGGUGAUCCGAAUGCAGGACAGCAACCCAUAUACGUUCCAGUCUGACGUGUACGGCUACGGAGUAGUGCUGUAUGAGCUGAUGUCAGGGACCCUGCCUUACUCCAUUAUCAACAACAGAGACCAGAUAAUCUUUAUGGUUGGACGUGGUUACUUGUCUCCAGACCUCAGUAAGCUGUCUAGUACCUCGCCCAAGUCAAUGAAAAGGCUUAUCAUUGACUGCCUGAAGUUCAAACGCGAUGAGAGGCCCCUGUUUCCACAGAUCCUGGUAGCCAUUGAGCAGGUUCAAGAUCUGCUGCCAAAAAUUGAGCGAAGUCGCUCCGAGCCAUCGCUCCAUCGGGCCGUGCAUGCGGAGGACCUGAACCCCCUUUUGUUCCACACCACCAGGCUGAUGCCCCUCUAAGCCCCCAACAGCAUGGGACAGAGAGGUCGUCACACUGUCCAAAACCAGACCACAAGCCCCAACUCACUCCCUGCCCCCCAGAGCCCUGGAGCUGCCGCACUCAACGCAAACUCAGUAACUGCAGAAAUAUUAGCAACACACUGUUAAGACUGAUAGUGAAUGUUCUUUUCCUUUGUACACUUGACAAAGAUCUGCCCAAGUGAAAUAACUGUCCACUGUAUCUAAUAGGAUGUUAAAAUGCCUCUAUUCAGUCUAUUUGAGAAAAAUCAUCAAACAGUUUGCAUUACAUACUCUGACCUACUAAGAGGCAUUUAAAUUGUUUUGAGGAAAUGGUAAAAGAAGACAUGUAUUGCACAUACCCUGCAAAAUUGCGUUACCCAUUUUCAGUAGUAAAAAAGUCUUACUCAGACCUUUUAAGAAGCACUGUGAUCAUAGUCAAAAUAUUUAAAUCGGUUCAACAGCCAUAUUACUGGAUCUGCUGGUUCAGGUCACCUGAUCAGCUUACAUAUUUCAAAUGCUCAGUUUUCAUGUGUCCCUUUUAGUUAGCCUUUUAUUCACAUGCGAUGGGAGAUCUGACAUGUGAUGCUAGUGAUUUGAAAGCAAACACAGUGCCUGUUUGGGAGUCCUUUUUAAAAGAUAAGUAAUUUUGUUUUAGUGCGACCCUCCCACAUUCUGCUGCUUUUGCAAAUAUUUCAGUGCUAGAAUUUUUGUUGUAUUUAACCAAAAUAACAAAUUAACAAGAGGAGGCAGAGGAAGAGAGAACUCAACCUUUUGGAAGCCUAGAAUAGAUGGGCAACCUCAAACACUAAACUAUGCACAAAGGUCUAGUUAAAAAUAAAAAAAGAAUAGUUAAUUUGGUGAAAGGGUCUCUGCACAUGCUGUAUAGCAGCGACAGGCUAGUUGCAAAUCAAAAUUACAUUUCCUUAACACCUCAGAAUAACUAUCUAAUAAGAAUCUAAUUUGGAUGGACAUACUCAAAGUUUAAGCUCUUUUUAAACCCGAGUUUCCAUUGAUGUUGCAACGAACUCAAAAAAAGAGCAUUUGACAUGUGAAAGUUGAACAGUUAACUCAGCAAGGCAACAACAGGCCAAGUUCAUCUGGUUUCACACUACUUUGAAGAACAUUAGUUAGUUAAUUAAUCAGCUAAAAGUUACUUGUAAGAUUAUUUACCUUACCCCACUGGGUUUUCUUUCAGCUUGUAUAUAAGUUCCGUCUGAAUACAGGAUUAAAUUGUUAGGACCAACAUUUUUGCAGUGUACGUUACAAAAAAGGGCAUGUCUGAUGAUUUAAUUUGUCAUUCUGAUAUUUAACAUUUCUAAGAUUCCAAAAUACAAGGUUUAACAAUUUGCCCAAGCAUUUUAUUUUUUCCAGUUCAGGAACUUUACAUUAAUAACCGAUUCUGUUGCAGAUAGAAAUAAUUGUAUUAGGAUAGAUAAGGUUAAGGGCUCUCAGUAGUCAGAAAGCAUAGUAUUGAUCAAUUCUAUGGCAACUACUUUUACUGCAACAUUGAAAUCAUGUGUAAAAUCAGCUCACUUUAAUGGUCUGCCCCUAAUACACGCUGACUUAAACACGUUAACACUCGAGUUUUACCAGAAUGUCAUCAUGCUCCAGAUUGUAGAUGACGGGCUUUUACGUGGUUUUCUUUUUUUAAAUGAUAAUUUUUAGCCUACAGAGCGGUUGACAGACCAUAGUGCAUUCUAAGUGGUUAGUUGGAUGGCUGCUACAUAUAAUGUAUUUUCUGUUUCUGCUUUUUUCUGCACCUCAGAGACGAGACAUACUGGGACUGAAAUGCACCCCCAUGGCACAUCGCUUUAACAAGUCUUCUGCACAGUCUAGUCUUAAAAGUUUAUUCUUAAUGCUCUCAAACACUGCACCAUGGAUUAGCCGCAGGUUGCUAUUUCACACUUAUUACACUUAAACUGGUACUGUAGCUGUUGAGGUUGCAUUGACACCGUGAGUAACUUUGUUAAAUGAGUUCUUCCAAUUUGGACGCAUUGUGGGAGGUGUGAGAAGUGAAAUUAAAGUUAUGCUAAUACUUUAAAACAAUUCAGUAUGCUUAAAAUGCAUUAGGAGCUUAGCGCCACCUAAGAAGAUUUUGAUUGGUCUAUGAAAAUACAAACCACCCUGAGCACUUACUCCCCAACAAGCGAAUGUUAACAGAUGCAGCCAGACCAUACUCCAGCGGUGACACAGCUCUGUUGAGAUGGGUUUGGCAACGCAAAACUAGACCGCCCGCGAGUUUCAGAUGCUCUAGAUGAUUAAGCAAGCAUUUGGGAGUGAGGCCUUCAAAAUCUGAAUGAGAGUUUAGAUCAUAGAUGUGCAGACAAAGGAGUGGAAGCGCAGCUGGAUCGAUCUUGUAUUCGACAAGUGCUCCUUGAUAAUUCUGGGUGCAUUGUGUUUAUAUCAUCGUGUUGAGGGCUCAUUGCAUGAGUAUAAACUGAUCUCAGUUCCAAAAUAUUAAAAAAAGCAUCUCUCCUUCAAAAAUGUAUUUUAAAAUAAAGGAAACUUGCAUUUUUACAAAAAGUUUUUUUUUACAAAUUGAGAUCAGUUUCUACUCAUGCAAUGAGCCAUUGACAGGACGAUAUAAACACAGCAAAUCAUGAAUUUGGGCUUGUCAAUCAUCCCAUAUUCAUGUAUGUACUGCCAGUUGAGUGCCAUUAAUGAAUUUCUGUUUCACCCUAACUCCAAAGAGUAGUGCAAGCAUACGCUAAUCGUUGGAUUCUAGAUUUUAAGCCUUGUCUUUGUCUUUCAGUUAUUGAUGACUAGUUGCCAUUGAAAACUUCAAAAUAGUAUUUUUUUUUUUUUUUUGCAGGCAGCGCUAAGUUAGAUUUUUAAAUGAGGGCAUGGAAAUCUGUUUAUAGCCAGGAUAUCACAAUAAUUAGGUGUGGCAAAUGGCUUCUGUGAGAUUCAUAAAAUCAAAUGCUUGCAUGUUUUUGGACGCUUCUAUAACUUAAGUAAUUCAUUUGUAGAGGCUGUUUGCAAACCUGUUUGCAAACCAGCCUUCUGUGCUUUGGGUUAGAAAGUUGUCAGUAAUGUUUACAUGCACAUAAUAGUCUGGUUUUUGCCCUUGUUUUCAAAAAAUUUCCAUGUAGCCGUGCAAAAUUUACAAAGUUUACCAGCGGUGGCAGUAGUGCUGGGCGGUAUGACCAAACAUUUGUAUCACGGUAUUUUUUAAGAUUCUGGCAGUUUCACGGUAUAUCACAGUAUUUUCUCUCUUUUGCUUGACUGGGUCUUUGUAUAGGGUUAUUUAGCUGUCAGUAUUCAGUACUGUCAGAAUAUAAAAAGAAACCUUUCAAUAUCAUCAUGUUUACUAAAAGUUUCGACAAUUUUUUAUUUGUACAAAUUACAAAGUAGUAAAAUAAACUUAAAUUAAAUAAAUAAAUACACAUAACAACUUUGACAUGCUUCCUUUUCAAAACAAAAUAGUUGUAAAUUUGCUGUUUAAACACUACCUUGACCACAUGUAAUGUUAGGUUGUUGUAUAAAAGUGGGUGUAGCUCCGCUGUCGGCUUGCUUCAGUGUUUGACUAACGUUAGUGGUUUGGCGGAAGUAUUUGGGCAAGGUAAGACAUCUUAAAUCCAGUUUUUAAUCAUUGCUCUGAACCAGUCUUUCUUGAUGAUCUGUAGUGGGACUGUAGGUUGAUUGUUAUUGUGUAGCUCCGCUGCAUGCAGGCUUGAAGAGACAAGUCUUAACAUCAGCACGGCUGACUAACGUUAGCGACGAGUACAGAUAGCACAAUUGUUUUGUUUUUUUUUUAACCUAAAAACCUCUUCGUAACGGACAUGGCUCCUCUUUUUGCCACAAGUAACUUUCAAUGUCUAUCCUAUCCAUCUUCACCAGAGCCUCCAGUCGCACCAUGCAUUUUACAUUGAAAAGGGUCUGUCUGAAACAGUGUUGCAUGGUGUAGCGUUCCGAAUCAUAUGCACCGAUGUGGGGGUAUACUUUAAAAAUUCAUAUCAUGACGAAAAUAUACAUCGGCAUUCGGUGUGAACCGGUAUACCGCCCAGCACUAGGUGGCAGACAGUGCGAACACAGCGUCCCUCCUUCAUUCCUUCAACCAGCUUCUUGGAAAGGUCGAUGUAGCGACGCGUGCGCAUAUCCAAAAACCUGUUGACAUUUGAGUCUUUGAUAAUGUUUAAAGGUAGCUGUGUUUCUUUUUAUUGGGUCUGCAGCCUUGCAAACUAUUGGCUGGUUGGUUUGUGGACAGAUCCUAUAGCAACGCACAAAGCUGACCAUAAGCCGUAAAUAGGCAAGACGCUGUAAACUGGGGUACAAACCCUGAUUGAGAUGCAUAUUCUGAAUACGCUGUAUAUAUGUCCAAAGAAUGUUUCUAAAACCCAAAUAAUACCGGAAUAUCCAACAUGUCAUAAUUGGAAAAUGCUGUAUUUGGAAAAAGGCCUUAUUCUCAAUAUCCAAUUGGAGUAUGCUGGUUAUAUGACCUGUAUCAAAUUUUGGAAUAUUAUAUUUGGAAUAUAAUAACUAAUUUUUUUUGUUGUCCUUUGGCUAACAUGGUAAAUUGACUCAUUGACACACUUUGGUUCCUUGCUUAGGUUUAUUUUGUUCAGGAUUGUGUUUAAGGCACCGUUCAAAGCUCAGGUGUAUACUGCUUCAGGGUGCAAUAAUGAAUGACGUUUUCACAGCCUUCUAAUUGGGCCCAUGUGGAUUUCCUGUUGCAGUGUAUGUGAAUGACAUCAACUGAAGGGAAGUUAACAGGGGGCCAGGCUGUUGCCUAGCAAUGGAAUUCCAUUAAAAAGGGAUGUAGUCUUCAAUGAAACGUACUGUAUGGGUAUGAACAAUUCAAAGUUGUACAUUUAAAUGACAUACACAGAACCUUUUUCUUCCUCUUAAAUGACAGUUGACGGUUAAGUGCAUCCAUACUAUGAGCAGGAUAGUGCUUUUAGGUUGAAUACAGGUUCCUGUCACAGAUUCAUAUCUGGUAGCCAGUCAGUACGGUCCCUCUUUUUCAUCAAAACA